AUGGUGCCAAGUGUGAAAAAGUGCAUCUGCGUCGCGUUGUUUGUGCUGGUGUCGUUUGCUUCCGGACAGGUGGAAGAUCAAAGUGAGCGAGCUGCCGGGUGGGCACCCACGUGGGCGGAUACGCUCAAAAAGGAUCUGCUGAAGGGAUACGAUCCAUCGAUACGGCCAUCGCAACACUACAAUGUAACGACCGUCGAGACGAGCAUCACUAUCACGCACGUGGAGAUAAAUGAAAUCAAAUCAAUGCUGUCUGUGUACGGAUGGAUGAAGUUUAAAUGGAUGGACGGCCGGUUGGCUUGGGAACCGCAACUGUACAGUAACGGAACGAAACUGUUCCUCAAUCAAUCCUCCAUCUGGAAUCCGACCAUAGACAACAGUGGACCGUUGGUGGCGGUUACCAGCAACGGUAUACUGGAGUUCACGAAUGCAUUGCAUCAUAAGUCCAAGUGUACUAUCCAGUGGCAGAAGUGGCCAUUCGAUACGCAACGCUGCAGCAUGUUUAUGUUUCCUUGGGCCGAAAUAUAUGAUAUGGAAAUAAUCGUGAAAAUGCUCAAGAAUGAAGUGCUGCCUGGUACGUUGUGGAGUGUGAUGAACAUUACGCUGGAAACACACGAAACAUUUAAUGUGAGCGACAGUCCGGAACACCGUGGUACGCACAUUAGGUUCGAGCUGAGGCGAAACAGUGCCAUCUAUAGGAGCACCCUCACGGCACCGGCCAUUUUGCUGGUGUUGAUGAAUCUGGUCAACUUUUGGCUACCACCGAACUGUGCGGAAAAGCUCGUCCUCAAUGCGAUCAACGUGCUGAUCGCGGGCAUGUUUCUGAUACACUUUAACGAACACCUUUCCAUCUACACCAGCAGUACACCGUCGAUUGUGUUAUUUUACAGCACAAGUUUGUAUCUAGCAGGGCUAUGUUUGCUGUUGACCGUUUUGCUAGACGGUAUGGUAAAAUCUGGCUCAAAGAAACCGUUGCAUCCAGCACUGAAGAAACUUAUCACACUCGAGCUGAUCGCGGGAUUGAUCUCAUUUACUAACAACCACAAGAAAGACAACGACGAGAUGUGUGAAACGUUAGAGGACGAUCAGGAAGGCAAUCUGGACGAAAUUCAAUGUAAUAGACCGAAUGAGACUGAAGCCCAGCAGGACUGGCUGAUGUUCGCUACGCUGCUGGAACGGAUUGCGUUUCUCUUAUACGUUAUAAUAUUUUCCCUCAUGUUGAUCCUCUAUUUUUAA